UGGCAGCAGAACGCGCGAAACGAGCGUGGCACGCGGAAUAUUGGCCAAAAUUACCGCGAACUCAAACAUCAGGAGACGCUCAAAGGGAAGCGAACGAGAACGGUCGACAACGCCUAUUUCUCUGACACGCUCAAAUUAUCCGGGCAGGAGCAGCCAUGCCUUUUGGCUGUUUGACUCUGGGAGAGAAGAAGGACUACAACAGUCCUUCAGAGGUCACUGAUAAGUAUGACCUGGGACAGGUAGUGAAAUCGGAGGAGUUUUGUGAAAUCUUCAGGGCAAAGGAUAAGAACACACUGAAAAUGUACACCUGUAAAAAGUUCCUGAAGAAAGAUGGAAGAAAAGUACGGAAAGCAGCCAAAAAUGAGAUACUCAUCCUGAAAAUGGUGAAGCAUCAUAACAUCCUCCAGCUGGUAGAUGUCUUUGAAACUAGAAAAGAGUACUUCCUCUUUCUGGAGCUAGCCACAGGAAGGGAGGUGUUCGACUGGAUCUUAGACCAGGGCUACUACUCAGAACGGGACACCAGCAAUGUGAUCCGGCAGGUGCUUGAGGCUGUGGCUUACCUGCAUUCUCUCCACAUUGUUCACAGAAACCUAAAGCUGGAAAAUCUGGUCUACUACAACCGUCUGAAGAACUCCAAAAUUGUAAUCAGCGAUUUUCACCUGGCCAAACUGGAAAAUGGUCUUAUCAAAGAGCCAUGUGGCACACCAGAGUACCUUGCUCCAGAGGUGGUUGGCAGACAGAGAUAUGGCAGACCGGUGGACUGCUGGGCCAUCGGGGUGAUCAUGUACAUCCUACUGUCAGGAAACCCACCUUUUUAUGACGAGACAGAAGAUGACGAUUAUGACAAUCAUGAUAAGAACCUGUUCCGGAAAAUUCUGUCUGGAGACUUUGAGUUUGACUCACCCUAUUGGGAUGACAUCUCAGAUUCAGCAAAAAGCCUAGUCACAUGUUUAAUGGAGGUAGACCAGGACCAAAGACUGACCGCACAGGAAGCUAUCAAUCAUGAGUGGAUAUCUGGAAAUGCCGCCUCAGACAAGAACAUCAAAGAUGGUGUUUGUGCUCAGAUCGAGAAAAACUUUGCUAAAGCCAAAUGGAAGAAAGCUGUUCGAGUUACCACCAUGAUGAAGAGACUCAGGGCUCCAGAUCAGAGUGACUCUGGAGCCUCUAGUCCUGCAAUGGGAGCCUCAGGCAGUACCCCUGUUCCCCUGGCUGCCACACCAGUGCCCGCCUGCACCACCCUGGUUGGCCAGGAUCACCCCGAGGCCCAGACAGAAGAGUCUUCGGCUCCAAUGCGGUGUAAUGGAGAGAUGUUGACAUCCCAGCAGCGUAGUGGAGACUAGGGAGAAUUAGAAUGGCUGAUUACAUUCAGACAAAUAUAGUGGCAAACAGAGCAGCACCUACACACUACAUAUAAAUUCAGUUCAGUUGUUCAAUUAAAGUUCAAUUGUGCUUAAAAGCUUGAUCACCAUUUUACAUUUUCAUUUGUGCAAAAUGCUGUAAUCUAGGAAGACUUUAAAAUUUUAAUCCCAGUCCCAUAGUAGUCUAUCUGUAUUUUCUUAAAUAGCUUUAUCAAAGAAAUAUUGUUUGUUACUUCUGAA